UGAACUAUUAAAACGAGCAAUUUGUCUUUGUAAAAACAGUUCUCUUUCUUUAUCACUUUUAUAUAUUUUUUCCAUAAGAAUAUUAUAUUGAAUUGAAUAUUGAAUACGAAUACUGAUAGUAUGUACACCAUGCAGUUCUUGACAUUAACUUCUUCGCAAGUUGUAAAGAAGUUGGAAGAAUAUAAAACUUUAUUCAAGGAAAAAGACACCGAUGACAACUGGAAAAAGAAAGAUAGGGCCCUUUAUGAAUUGCGCCUUGCAGUCGAAUCAUUCGAAAAUGCUGACACUUAUGAGAGAGAUGCUUCAAGAGAAGAAAUUUUCGUGAAAGGCGUACGCGAUCUUCUUCCAAACUUACUUGGCACUCUUCUUAGUUUGAGAACUUCCCUUGCCAUGGAGUGCCUUUUAUUAAUUGAGGCUGUUAGCAAGCACUUCGGUGGUCAUCGUAUUGGUCUCCACUUACUUGAACUGACUCUUUCCGGUCUAUUGAAAUGCAGCAGUAGCCGCCGCAAACUUACUGUAACCAAAUGCUUUGAAGUCACUAAGGUCUUCUUGAAGAACGUAGGCUUUCAAGCAAGACUAUUCCAAAUGUUAUACAAAGGGAUGGACGACAAGAAUCCCGACUUGCGAAAGCAUAUAGCAGCUUUCAUUGGCGUAAUAAUAGAAACCUAUGGUCCAAGGAAGAUGAUCAACCCUGAAGAAAAGCCAGAAGUUCAUGUAGCUUUGCAUUCCUGCUUCUAUAAGAAAGGACUAACAGAUGCUUCACCUACCGUUAGAGAAGAAUGCAGAAAGACAUUCGUAAUCUACAGUUGCCUUUGGCCAGAAAAAGCAGACCACAUACUGUCCAGUUUAGAUUCGACACCUCAACGUCAACUCAAAAAAUACAUGUCAAAACCCGGUAUCGCAGCAUUGGUGGUGAAACGCAAGGAAGAGCUUCAUUUGAAAACCUUGGAAAAUAGUUCAGCUCGCGCUUCUAAACAUGCUACACCAACGACAUCGUCCUCCUCAACCAUCGAAAAACUUGCAGUCUCAUCAAGUAGUCAAAAUGCUAACUCAAGUAAUGACCCUGAGUCUUCGUGCCCGCCGGUGUCGGAUACUAAGUCGGAAGUUCCACUUUCUUCAAACAAUACCAAGAACCCUCUCAAAAGAGCAGCAACAUCUUCAUCAUUGAUGUUACCACCAUCGAAGAGAAAUCGCGUAAAUGAUUCAAGUAGUCAAGAUUCCAAUUCAAGUAAUACCUCUGAGACUUCGUGCUCUCCUGUGUCAGCUACUGAGGUGAAGGCUCCACUUUCUUCAAACAAUACCAAAAACCCUCUCAAAAGAGCAUCAUCAUCAUCAACGUUGUCGUUACCAUCAGCCAAGAGAAAUCGCGUUAUGGGUCCCUCCAAAAUACCAGUCUUGCGUACUGCAAUAUCUUCGAACGGUAAACCCCUUACUGUUCGGCAACAAGAACUGGCCCGUGCAUGUGCUCUACCAAAAAGCUUAACGAGAGGUUCCCUACCUACAGCAUCGUCGAAUUCUGAAGAUUGAAGAUGUUAGCAACAGCAGCAGCAGCAACAGUGACAACAGUGCCAAUAAUCCUCCUGAUAGUCCUGAGGGUCCUCUAUUAGAAUCUAUCUCAGCCAUGGAUUUGCCAGAUUUACAGAAAAUGACGCCAG